CUCUCUCUCUAGCUCUCCACUACUAUAACCUCUCCAUCCCCUCCUCUCUUUCUCUGCUCCAUCACACAUUCAUCACACGCUCAAACGCAAACACCCAUACAAGAAUGAUAUGCCACUCAUGACCUAAUCACUCUACCCCCUGCAGGCUGCAGCCCACUAUAUACACUACUACAUACUACCUCUUCUGCCGCAAGCUUUUCUUCCUCCUUAACUUAGCUAGAGCUUGGAACAACCAAGAAGCUGCUCAGCUCACCGUGACACCGUCGUUGCAACAAGAUCCCAUCCCACUGCUGCACCGCCGGCCCGUCGUUAGCUAGCUACCAUGAGCACGACCGGCAGUGCAGGUGUGCCGACGACGACGACACCUCCUGAUCUCUCCCUCCACAUCAGCCCACCGUCGCCACCGGCAGGCGGCGUCAAGAUGCCGCCGGAGCCGAGGCUGAUGCUGGGGCUGGAGCUCGACGACGACGACACCAUGGCGGCGGCCUCAAAGAAGGUGGACGACGCGGCGGCGGUGAACGAGCACAACCUCCAGGUGCAGCGGCUCCGGCUGCACCACCAGCCGAGCCAGACGGCCCACGGGUUCAAGAAGAACUCGCCUGGCGGCGGCGGCGGCGCGAGGAGAAGUUCCAGGGCGCCGCGGAUGCGGUGGACCACCGCGCUGCACGCGCACUUCGUGCACGCCGUCGAGCUCCUUGGCGGCCACGAGAGAGCAACACCAAAGUCAGUAUUGGAACUGAUGAACGUGAAGGAUCUUACACUAGCACAUGUCAAGAGUCACCUGCAGAUGUACAGAACAGUGAAGGGCACAGACAGAUCAUGUGUAGCAGGCCCUGGUCAUCACCAAGCCAGAGACAUGGUCCUUCUCAGAACUGGUGUUGGUGAAGGGGAUGGCUUUGAUGUUUUCAACAGCAACAACUCAGUCAACACCAUCCCUACCUUCAACAACAAUACUGAUAGCAGGAGGUCACGGUCUCCAGGAGAGCAGCAGCAGCAGGCGGUGGAUCGUCAUCAAGAUGCCACAGCCGCCGCUUCCGCUUGUGCUUGGAUCCACCAAGUCCAGCAGCAGCAGCAGCAGCUCCCGGCCCAGCAGCAGAGCUGCUGCAGCAACGAAGUGAUCAUGCUGCAGGCAUCGCCAUGCCGCCGCCGCCUCCCUGCACCUUACAGCAAUGGCCUCAUCGUCGUGCCUGCAGACGAGCCUGCAUCGACUGAUGGUAAUGGCCUCUUGAUGACGACGACGACGGAGCAAAGACAGCAGCAGGGACUGAAGAAGGUAGGAGACGAACACGUCGACCGUCAUCACGGAGAAGACGACGCCGCCGUCGCUGUUCAUCAUCUCGUGGACGAGGCUGAUCAUGACCACGCAGGAAGCGGCGGCGGCGGCGGCGUCCAACGACGGCGGCGGCCGUCGUCGUCGUCGCCGAACAACACGAGCGGCAGCAGCGGCGACACGGCCUCCACCUCGGAGUGGCUCCACCAGCAGUACUGCAGCGACGGCGGCGGCGGCGCCGGCAUGAGCGUCAGGGUGCUGGCACUGGGUCUGGGAGUGGGACCGCCUGCCACUGCGACUGCGACUGCGACGCCGCCUAGCCUGGAGAUGAGCCUGGGCCGGCAGGGGUGGCAGACGAUGGUGGAGCAGUGCGGCGUCGGCGGCGAGUUCGAGUCCUCGCCGUCGGCGGCGGCCAAAGAGCUAACUCUGCUCAGGUGCUUGUGAAACGAUAGAUAUAAGUAUGGUGUUGCUUUAAUUUGUUGCUUGUUAAUUAAUCCGCUGCUAAUCAAACAACAGUUAGCCAUGAGGAUGCAAAUCCGAAUCAAAGCACGAGCUAAUAAUCAUAAUCGUCGUCUUCCUUCUGUUUUAAA